UGUUCAUCUUAAAAACGUGCCUGGUGCUUAAAUAAAAAAUAAAAUCCUCAAUCUUUUAUAAAAGUGAAGCUAAAUAAAUAUGGAUGAUGAUGAAGUCACUUUACCCGCCGAUACCCUCGCCAUACUUCAACAAUUCUUGGUUGAAAAAGCCCAAAGAGAACAAGAAGAAAUGGAAAAGAUUGAAAAGAAGGCCGGCAAGGAUGCAGAAUUUGAGGAAGAUUGGCAAUUAAGUCAAUUUUGGUAUAGCCAAAGUACCAAAGAGACUCUGGGUGCAGUUGUAACACAGCUGGUGGGAGAUUCCAAAGAGUUUAGCAUAGCUUUGCUAUCAUGUCCUUCUUUGUAUGGGACUAUAAAGGAAAUACAUGAAAAUGUAAAAAUAUUUGAAUACGACAAACGUUUUUCUGCCUAUGGUGAUGACUUUGUUUUUUAUGAUUUCAAUGAAGCCGAUAGUGAACAUUACCUUAAAGACUUAUGGCAUCAAUUUGAUUUGAUAAUAGCUGAUCCACCCUUCCUUUCCGAAGAAUGCAUAACAAAAAUUUCGAAAAUCAUUGCCAAUCUUUUGAAACCACAACACAAUAAAAUCAUAUUCUGUUCCGGUGAGGUAGUAGAGCCUUGGCUAACCAAAAGUUUGCCAGGGGUAAAAAAGUGCAAUUUUCAACCACAACACGAACGUAAUUUAGGCAAUGAAUUUGUAUCCUAUGCUAAUUUUAAUUUGGAUGACUAUGUGAAAACAUAACAAAAAUAAAAAGAAAACAAUUUUAGUA